AUGGCUAAAAGGCAUAAAUUGAAGAUUACUAUUUUACCCGUAUUUUUUUUUGUAAUAUUCUUGGGGAUUCACACCGUUUUUACAGCCUUUGACAGGAAUGAUUGGUUAAAGUUUUACACGAGCUGCUCUGGGACAGGGCAGGUUAAAUGGGAACUGCUCUUAGUUUUAACCAUUUUGAAUAGUCUAACUUUAUUACUAAAUGUGAAUUACAAGGAGAAUAUAAACCAUUUGAAUAACAAAAAAAGAGAAACAAGUGAUAUAAAUGAUGACUUAAUAAACGUUGACAUGAACGAGUUUAGCAAUAAUGAGAAGGAUGAAAGCAGUGACGAAAGUGAAAGAGAGAAAAAAUAUAACAAGAUAAAAAUUAGAUAUCUGUAUAGUAUUAGCAAUUCAAGAGUUUGUUAUUAUAGUAUGUGGAUUUUAUGUUAUUAUCUGAUAUAUUUUUUAUGUUUCCUAAGUUUUUUAUAUGGUAUUAGAAUAUUCAAUAAUAAUUUAAUUAACAUAUAUACGAUAAGGACAUGUAAAAUUGAUAAUUUAGCAAAUUAUAUAUUAUCAGAAAAUACAUUUACAAGUUUAUAUUGGGCUAUUAUUAAUUUUAAUGUAUUUAUGAGUAAAUACACAGAUUCCUUUUAUAUUUCAAAUUACAUCAAAUUGAAUCUAGAAUUUAGCACGGGAAAAAAAAAACUUCUUUUUUUUCUAAAUUAUGCUUAUCAAAUAUUGUUAUUAAGUUAUACCAUAUAUAAAAACGUUUCCCUGUACAAUAAAGGACUAUACAAUUUGAAUCAAAUUGUAUGUGCCCUUAUAUUUCUUUGUUUAAUCUUGUAUACCAUUUUAGAAAUAACGUAUGUAUUGGAAAUAAAUAAACCCUGUUAUUAUGGUGUUACUAAAUUAUCUUUCAAUUAUAUAUGGGCAAUUAUUUAUUUAUUUGUGAUUUUUAUUUCAUCCGUUAUCUUUUAUUUUUCAGUUUUUAGUUAUUCUAUAAAAGACAAGUUUGUAAAUUUUCAAAUUGCGUUGUGGUUUUUUUUUUUAUCCCUAACUUACGUAAAAAAAAAUCAGUUGUUUAUAAAAGUUUGA